AGAGAAAUCGCCGCUCGGAGAUCCGAGCCCCGAUCCAGCCUGGCCGGGGGAUCGAGUCCCGCACACGGACCGAAGCUUCGCGGCCUCACAGUGGAAAUACUUCGCUCCCGACACGUGCUUUGUUUGGCGUUUUGAUUUUAAAUGGUCGUCGCAGUUGGCUUUGCACUUUCCCUCCCUGUAUUUUGUGAUUUUCUAAUUUAUUGUUAUGCAAGGAUUUAACAUACCAAAAAGAUGAUCGGCAGCUGCGUUUUUGGCUGGAGAAGCCUGCGAUCGACUGAAUGCAACACAUAGAUCCAAAGGAGAGGAUUAUUAUAUGGGUCGCAUUUGAGUUGCCUCCACUGCUCCUAUCCGGAUUUCGGAUUAUUCAACAUUCCUCGGAAUGGAAGGACGGGAUUUCGCUGCUCCGGCGCACCUCCUGUCGGAGCGGGGCGCGCUGGUGCACAGAGCGGCCUCUCGGAUCGCUCCCUCGGGCCACGGCUCUGUGCAGCACGCCGGUCACUUCCCGCCGGGGAAAUACUACCCGUCUCACAUCCCGAUGGCUCCACACUCAGGCAGUGGAUUGAUGGGUAAUUCCUCCGCCUCCUUCAUGGGGACCUUUCUGGCCAGUAGUCUGGGUUCCCCACCUUCCCACCCAUCUCACCCUUCCCGGCCUCCUUCCUCACCCUCUUCGCCCUCCUUCCGAGGUGGACCACAUUCCAGCGCCUCUCAAAUCUGGUUUCCCCAUUCGCAUGAAGCAGCUCCAGGGUAUCCUCGAUUCUCAGGGAGUCUGGCUCACACGUUCCUUCCCAUGAGCCACUUGGAUCACCAUGCCAACAGUGGCGUUCUCUACGGGCAGCACCGUUUCUAUGACACCCAAAAAGAGAACUUCUAUCUUCGUAGUCUCCCGCCACAACCUCCUAUCAUCUCAGCCAAUCACAGUCUGCCACCAAUGUCAAGGGCAACUUCAGGACAUUCUCAGGGGUCCUGUAGUAGAGAUAGAGAUCCCGGGGUGGGGACAGGUCUACAUAAAGGCCAUAAAGAAGGAUCUGUAGAGAGAGGAGUUGUUUCUGUCAAAGAAAAGGAGAGAUCGAGCAGCAAACAGGAGAUUAAAGAGAGGCAACAGCACCACAGCCACCAGCCAUCCCAGUCCACACACCACCACCAUUCCCAGUCUCAUCAACAACAUCCCCACUAUACACAACACUCACUGCCCCUAGAGGAGGUUAACAGCAGAGCCUUAGAGAGGCACAAGGCUUCCCUCAACAUGGAGUACAGAAAGGAACACCUUCAGACCAUGGGCAAACCCCUCAGUGCUUGCCUGCACAACAGCAAGAUGCAAAAUGGAGAUUCAGGUCCUGGAGCAGGAGUGAAGGUCUCUAUGUCCAGCUGUGGAGGUGAAAGCACAGCUCUUGGUGCAAUUGGGGGUGCGGGGAACUCCCAGGCCAGACAUAUGGGGUCUAGCGGCAGUAGUCGCUGUACAAAAGAGGGUGUGAGUGGGGAGAUGAGGAUCAGCGAACAAGCUUCAGACUGUCUAGAAAGGGGUCAGGCACCCCUCCACCACUCUUUGCCCUACUCUGUAGCCCCACCCUUGCACAUGGGUUCCGCUGCUGGGGGGGCUCACCCCCAUCCCCAUGCACAUCCCCAUACCCACCCGCAUCCAGGAGGCUUUCACUGCCUCCAGCUCCAUCCCAGUCACCCACAUCACCCACAUCAUUCCCACCAUACACAUCACCAUCCAGACUUCUUCUGCCCACCCCCUCCAGCCCCUCUAGCCAAUCCUACCUCACAUGAGAGAGGACCAGCCAAUGGAGGGCGAGAUCCUAAAGUCACAGGGCCUACGUUUGUACCAUCUGUAGCUGACCUUGGGGACAAAUCCAGUGGUCCAUUUCAGCUUGGUAACACAGAAUGCCAGGGGGUCGGCAAUGGAGGGGGAAGUGGCAAUACCAAGGACAAGGUAACAGAGAAGAAUGGAGGUGGUGCACAUCACAGUAACUGGCACAGAAAACAGCAACAACCACAGCAACAGCAACAACCACAACCACAGCAACAGCAACACCCAUACAGAAAGACAGAGAAGGCUCCAGAUUGGAUGCACUCCCAUCACCUACACAUCCAGCCUACACAGCUUCCCCCACCUCCACAACAACAGCCUUCACAUCCCCAACAGCAGCAUCAAGUUGCGCGUUCACGCAGUGCAGAGUGCAUCAACAGUGGUGUGGACUUGGAUGUGUUCAGAUCUUCUCUGCCCCAGGGGCCCAAGCCUGGACACUCUGUCACCCAUUCUGUUAGCUCUUCUCCCUACAGAGAUUGUUCCCAUCCAGGGCCACCACCUAACUCAUCUCCACUUGGAAGUAAAGGUAUGGGCCAACAUAAUGGUGUUGGGGCAACACAUGCUCCUGGUCCUGGCAAUGGAGGGAGCUGCUCCUUACAGAGAGAUGGCCAAAAAGUAGCCAGGAUUCGCCAUCAGCAGCAUGGGCGUCCUGGCCCAGAUGCCCCUUCUCCAGCUGAGAUGAACCAAGGGACAAGUCAGGAGCUGAAGAGGAAGCUGGACAUGUCUGCUUAUGGUUACAACAGCAACAGUGGGCAGCACCAUCUCCAGCAGCCCCCAGUGCCACCUUGGGUCAUGAGACCUGCACACCACCUGUCACAGUCUGAAGAAGAGCCGAGGAAAUCUUACAUGGAGUUAGGAAGUACAAGUGGGCAACAUACUCAACAGCAGCAGACAGGAAUGGGUCUUCCUCCUCCCCAACCUCCUCCGGUACCUCCCCUCACUCAGCAACAGCAGCAACAAUCUGAGCCCCAGGGCACGACGCAGGGGGAGAGCAGUGCCAUGAAAAACUUAAUGAAGUACAGCACCCAACAGCAGCCUCUGCUCCUUUCCCAGAAGACUCCCUUUGGAGGGCUUGGAAACCUCAAAUCAGGCCCUGCUGGGGGAAAUUGCGCACUACCGGGGAACAAACAGACCCUACCUUCCAGAAAGGGUCCGGGCAAUGACAGUGAAAGACCUGAUUAUAGCGGGCGGAACCGGGAUAUUGGGGAACCGGGUCAUGGGGAAAACGAGGUACGGCAGCCGCCAGUGGGAAUUGCGGUGGCUGUUGCCAGACAAAGAGAGCCACCAUGUCGAUCGGCAGACAGUCAUCACAGCAGCCGGCAGGGCAGGGUGCACCCCUCUGUGAAAGGACCAUCCCGAUCCAUGUAUCCCUCAGAUCCCACCACAGAAGAGGAGAGGAAGAGAAUGAGUGGAGAACAGAUCAGUCUAACCUGCUUGGACAGAGACCGUGAGACAUAUAUCAGGGAUAAUAAGGAAAGGGUGGAGCUUGCAAGGAUCCAUCCCUCCAACAGCUGUCAUGGAGACCUUGCCUCUCAUCUCAUGGUCCCAGGCGGGACUUCCAUCCAGUCUGGCCAAUUAGGAGAUCCUGCUGCACAUUCUGCUCAUCAUCACUGGAUGCCAAAAACUGGAAGCCCGUCCCUCUGGAUGACAGGACACUCUUAUGCAGGAAUCGGGCACACAGCCCUACACCAGAAUCUACCGCCGGGAUUCUCUGCAGCCAUGCCAGGUCCUCUGCAGCCUGUCCUACCUUUGCCCCAGGAUCCUUCAGCACAGCUGGUGGUCUUACCCACUGAGCCUCCUGCCCAUCCUGCCAGCCAUCACCUGGAUGUGAUAGAGCAACCAGGGCUGUGGCCCCCUGUGUAUGGCACCCGGGGCCCACCCUCCCACAUGCAGCAUCCUGCUGUGUAUUCCCGAUCCCAGUUUCUACGGCAACAGGAGCUGUAUGCUCUCCAGCAGCAUCAGCAGCUCCAGCAUCAGCACCAGAGCCACCAGUCACAGCAGCCGCAACCACAGUCACAUCCACAGCAGCACAGAGCUGCCCACAGCAUGGAAGCCCAACAUCAAGCCGGUAACAACGUGCAGAUGUUGAAGAGGCCAGAUGAUUCAUCAGUUCAACUUGAAGAACUCAUUUCUGAGCCCAGAACACCUAAACCAGCCAAGCCAUAUUCAUACAACCCACCACAGAGCAACACGUCUCCACCCGGCGCCUGCACUGCACACUUAUCUCCUUGUUGUCAGUCACCUUCUUUACGCCCACAUCCGAAAAGUACUCCAUCUACCCCCUGUCCCGCUCCUAGUCCUGCCGCUGCAGCCCCCCACUCGCCUUCCAUCAGCCCAGCACCACCUCAGAUGCCCAAGGGGGCUGAAUCCCAGGAUAAAAGAGGAGAGGGACAACCAGCACAGGUCUACCCAGAAUCUCUAGAGCCUGACUUGCCUCCAGGAUACACCUACCCUGGUAUUGCAAUUGGCUACAGAAACGGGCCCUCCCCCCAGGAUGUUCAGCUAGCUGAGCCAGCUGAACUGGAUGCAGUCCAAGCGGAACCUGCUGAACAUUCCCCGCAGCUUCUCUCCGGCAUAGGGGAGGAGCUAGACUGCCAGGUCGUGGUUAGACCCCUCCUCUCAGAAUCCCUCCCGCACGAGGAAGUGGAGCAGGAAAAAGAGGAAAGAAUGAUUGAAAGAGUUUUGGAGCAAAAAGAGGAUGUGGAGGUAUCAGCAGUGACAGCAGGCAGCUAUGUUCCUGUAGAGAACGAGGGGGAGGAGCAGGAGCCCGCUGAGGAUGAGGUGCUGAUUUGUCCCCGUACUGAGAUUCCGGUGUGCGAGGCUGCAACCUGUCCAGCCCCCCAUUCCACAACGGAGCCUGAAAGGCCAGAAGCUGUCAUCACAUUGGUGGAGGAAGAGGAUGAUGAGGAGGUGGUGGAUGAAGAGAUGCAGGUGGAACAGGUUCAAAAGAUCAGCGCGCCUGGAGAGCCGCAGUCAGAGCGUGCUACCAUCAUUGAGCUUGACCCCACUUCCCCUGAAGCUCCUGAGCCAGAGUCUCCAGCCCCUGAGGAAGCAAAGGACAGGCAGCAGCAUGAGAAUAAAAUUACCCUUGAGGACACGUCGGUGGAUAUGGUUUGUCUUUCCUCUGCCUCUGCUUCCGUCCCUAGUCCAGUCCAGACAUCCGCCACCGUGCCUCCCAAAACCCCGGUGCCCUGCUACUGGAGCCUGGAGCUGCUGAUUGCUGCUGCUUUCUGCACAGAUGUGCCUCCGUUUCCCUUAUUCCCAUUCAGCGCUCCAGCAGUUGCCCCAUCACAGCCCAACCCCCACCAGGGUAUGGAGCUCCUGAGUGAGCUGGCAGACCUGGAGCUUCAACAGCAAAAACACACCUGUGGGAAAGGCCAGGAAGAGGAUCUGCUGAUGUUCGAUCUUCAAAGUCUCGCUACUUUGGCUGCAGCCCGUGCACUGGAGAUGGACUCCUUGCAGGAAAACAGCAGCAUGAGUGCAGGGCGUCACUGCCCGGCACGCAAAAUCCUCAAUUUGCGUCGUAAAUGCAGCUGGACUCCUCGUAAUGAGCCAGUGUGCCCAGCCAAAGGCAGCAUGGAAACAAUGGAUGGUCCUGAGCUUGAAAUGCGUGUGAAAUUGGCUGAGCUGCAGCGUUGUUACAAAGAGAAACAAAGAGAAUUAGCCAAGCUUCAAAGAAAGCACGACCAUCACAGGAAGGAGGAAACACCUCGCAGCCCCGCGCGACGAGGACCUGGGCGGCCCAGAAAGCGCAAACCCACCCUCGUCACGAGCACAGCUUCCUCACAAGAGAGCCAGAGGAAAAUCAAGUCAACAGGGGUGGGGCUAGCCAUGUCACCUGAGGACCUCGGAGGGGGUGGAGACAGCCAGAGGAGGAAAAAGAGACUGUCCAGUCGGGGCUUUGAACGACUCGGUGCUGCACAGAUGAAAGUACAGAGCUGCAGAAAAAGUGGUCUUCACAGCGUGCUCGGCUCCAAGCUGGCCAGUGAUGUGGCUCAGCUCAAACAGAAGGGUAAAAAGAAUCUCUCAGGGACAAGCUCCAGGGACAAGGAGGCCUCCCCCUGCAACUCCAACCUUAAGCACGGCCACAGAAUCCAGGGCACGAGCAAAGCUGACUCCCGACGAGAAUCAGGGGGGCAAAGUGACACAGGAGCCAGUGUGGACAGCGGCCCUCAGGAGAGCUGGACAGGACAGGUACGCCGUGGGCGAAAAAAGGAAUCAAUCACCCGAACUCAGAGCUCUUCCCAUCUGAGACAGACUAAUGCGAGGGUUCUCCGUGGCCAGAGACAGGAGGUGAUGGAGGAAGGAGAAAGUUCCCCGCAAGAGAGUGACUCCUCUGAUCAAGAUGAAGAAGAGGAAGGCAGUUAUGAUACUGAUGAAGGGCAAGACUUCAGACACCAAACCCCCAGAGACAUCACUUCUAGCUCAGCUGUGACUGGUCCAAGUCCUUCUUCUAUUGUAAAACUAGAGGCCAAUCAGAAAGCGAGGAACAAAAGACAGAGACAGGAGCUUUAUGGUUCCCAAAGUCUGUCUGGAACAGAGGGAGAGGUCAAAGUGAGGAAGAAACCCCCCUGUAUGAUGGGUCUUGCAGCUACAUUCAAAAAAUACCAUGACGACUACAGGCCAUGUGGACCCAAGUCCAAAGAUUCUAGGUGGGGUAGCCUUGGCACGAGAAGCAACCGGUACCGGAGGAGCAUUGCACUGGCUACCUUUCCGACCACCAGUGAGAGGUUAAAGAGGGCCACCCGCAAGAGCACCAUCUUAAGAGGGGCAACCAACAAGCCAAAGGGCCGAGCAGUAAGUCGACUGCUGGAGAGCUUUGCAGCCAAUGAAGGCUUUCAGAUGGACAGCAGCAGCUUCUCUGAAGAGGAGGAGAGCGACAGCCAUUCAUGCAACAACAAGUGCCCCGAUGCUCCGAAUUGUGUCCUGACCAAAGACCUCUUGACUGAUGGACUGAAGGUGCUGAUCUCCAAGGAGGAUGAACUUCUGUAUGCUGCGAAGGUCCACACUCUGGAUCUGCCAGACAUAUUUAGCAUCAUUAUUGAUGGUGAAAGAGGAAACCGCCCAAGAAUCUAUUCACUGGAACAACUGUUACAACAAGCUGUACUGGAUGUACGUCCGGAGACGGAGGCUGUGCUCAGUGAAGGCACCAGGGUGUGCGCUUACUGGAGUGAGCGAUCGCGGUGUUUAUAUCCAGGCUAUGUUCGCCGAGGUGGUUCAUCUGAUGAGGGCAAGCAAGGAGGCGUGAUGGUGGAGUUUGAUGAUGGAGACAGAGGAAAGAUUUCCCUCCCUAACAUCCGACUUCUGCCUCCAGGGUACCAGAUUCACUGUGGUGAACCUUCUCCUGCACUGUCAGUACCCAGUGGGACAACAACCAAGAGAAGUUCCAGUCUGGAGCAGCCCCCCAUCAGUGAUAAGCCUUAUGACAGAAUCAUUACCAACACUGGAGCCAACAAUCAAAUUCUUGCUGUUCAUAAAAGAAGACCAGGGAGGCCGAAGGGUUCUGGGAAAAAACAGAAGCAACAGCAGCAGAGUGAGAAUGCAAACAAAGAAGCGUCUCCUUUUGUGGGUUGGCCUUCAGUUACUAGCACUAGAAAGAGGGCAUCAGACAAUCUGUUUCAGCUCAAUGGAGCACCCAGGAAGGUCUUGAGAGGGAAGGAGGAUGACCUGUUCUCUGUGCCGAAGAUCCAGCCAUUAGUCUCGACUCCUGCCAAAGGUCUGUUUAGCAGCAGCUCCUUUGAGGUGGACUCUUUCAGCAGCAUUGCCAAUGGGUACUCCUCCUUCUGCACUCAGUCCACAAGGCCAGGAUUACCUCUGGACCACAGAAGUGGGACAUGUGGCCAGAAGCGUAGGCAAGAUGACCUAGUUAUGCCACGCAGCAGGAAGUCUGGACAAGAGUUUCUCAUUAAGUUAGAUCAUGAAGGAGUAACCUCCCCUAAAACGAAGAACAGCAAGGCCCUGCUGUUGCAAGGAGGACCCUCAGGGGUCAGUGGUUUGCCAAGGCCAGAGGCUUAUUCCCACCCAGUGCUGCUUGUGAAAGACAACAAAAAGGGCGGUGCCUCCAGGGUGGAGCUCCUCUUGAAAGGAGCCCCACCUCAAAGAAAGCCCUCACCCUCUCUGCGUCUUGGAGAAUAUAGUGACUUAGGCUUCAGCUCCCACCGAGAAUGUCACAGCUCCUACUCUGAUAUAGAUGAUGAAGAGGAAGAGGAGAGGAGGAGGGCUGCACUGGCUGCAACCUCAGGAGGACUAAGGACGGCUGGCCGUUUCCUCUCCCGCCUCUCUGUCUCCUCAUCCUCUUCGGUUUCUCCAGCUCAUCCUCUUCAGGUUCUCUUUCAAGUUCCAGCCUCUGUUCCUCUGACAAUGACUCCUCCUACAGCUCAGAGGAUGAGGACAGUUCCACGUUGAUGCUGCAGAGCUGUCUGUCUUCCCACCGAGGGCUCUUACAAACCUCUGAACCUUCCACCUCUUCGAGGCCACACCAGCACUCCUUUGUGGCCAAAGCUGUGGCUGUUGCCAAUGCCAAAGGGGGCUCUCCUGACCAAGUCUCCAACACCAAGUCCCUGAAAAUGAAAGAGAUCAGCAGCUCCACCUCUAAACCCUCAAAAGAAUUCAUUAAAAGACCCAGAAUGCUCUCAGAUAAUUGCUCAUUUAUUCCACGACCCAAGAUGUCUGCAUUCCUUGGAGGAAGACAAAUGUGGAGAUGGUCAGGAAACCCCACACAGAGGCGUGGUCUCAAAGGCAAAGCUAGGAAGCUUUUCUACAAGGCCAUUGUGCGAGGCAGAGGACACCCAGUGAGAGUGGGAGGACUGUGCUGUGUUCCUCUCGGCUGGACGGCCAAACCUCCCGUAUGUAGGUCGAAUUGAAAGCUUUUGGGAGUCCUGGGCCUCCAGGCAUGGUGGUCAAAGUCAAGUGGUUCUACCACCCUGAAGAGACCAACUAGGCAAGAAGCAUCGCGAUGGCAAGCAUGCCCUGUACCAGUCAUGUCAUGAGGAUGAGAAUGAUGUCCAGACAAUCUCUCAUAAGUGCCAGGUGGUGAGCAGAGAGCAGUAUGAGGUUAUGACUCGCAGUCAGAAGCUGGGCAGUACCCCUCCCUGAGGCUCUACUAACCUGGCUGUGACAUAUGACCCCACCAAUGGUCAGCUGGUCACCGAUGAAGGAGUUUCCAUGUCCUGUUGACACCAACUUCCACAACGACAUUGCUGAACGGACUCAUCUGUAGACGGACUGAUAGAAUCUGUGACUCUACCUGCAAUUUAAAAAAGAAAUCCUCCAGUGUUGGAAGAAGGCGGUUGCUUCCUAUGACUUUGGGUACCCUUUAAGGAACCAUGAUCAAGAUGCCAACACCAAAGCAACACGUCUGAGGUUAUACACUGGAGUCUCUUGGUAAGGGGGCGUCCACAGAUGGACUCUGCCCUCGUUUAUCCAUUAAAGGAGAUCGAAACAAUCAAUAACUGAUCUAAAUAAUCUUUUUUUUAAAAUAGAUCCUAUGUUGACUGAGAGCUUCGUAACUGGGUUUCAGACUCGUGGCUCCCAGCUAUGUCAUAGUCCACCAAAGGAGAGCUGAGAGUCUGUUUGGACUGUGCAAAGUACCAUAAGACUGUCUGGUCUCCGAGGACCAACACUUUAAGGUAGCCUUAGCUGAGGACAAUAAGGAUGAGGAGGACAUAACAGGGGACCUUCAUAGAUCCCUCAUUUCCAGGGAAGAAGAAAAAAAUGUAAAGUAUGGAAAGUGAUAACUGUAAAUAUUUUUAAAUUUUUCCAAUCAAGCCAUACACUUCAGUACCUCUCACCUGUCUUAAAGGUUCAGGUGUACAUUGUACAGUUUAAUUAUUCUAUUGUUGUCUGCUGUCUAUAUGUAUAUAAAAGCUAUUUUGUAUAGAAGUUUAUUUUGUGUGUAUGUGUGUGUGCGUGUGUGUAAAUAUAUAUACAUAUAUAUAUAUAUAUGAGAUGUAUCUUUUCUUGUUUGCAAUUGAUUUAUUUUUAUAUGAGUGUUGAAUAAGUUUUUUUUUUUUUCUCUCCUUUGCUUUGGGAAGUCCAGAUUGAAGAUGUUAGUGUUGCACUGCAUUAUGCCCUGCUGAGACAGACGGAAACAGACAGAGCACAGACAAAGAGAGAAGCAUUUAAAGACAGGACAAGACUAUCUUUCUGAGAGAGAGAGGUCAUCCUGUUUAAAAACAGGUCAAGUGGCUUUUUGUAGAAGCAUUCUAUUUGCUUUUUUUUUUUUUUUGUAGAAGCAUCUUUUAUUUAUGUACCUCUCAGUUGGUCAUCAUUGCGAAGCAGAUCCCACUGGACUGCACUCACAGGUCAGAAAUGAAUAUAAACUGCGACACAAUAUUUGUGUGCGAUCAGUGUCCUGGCAUCACUAUAAUCACGUCAACACAAAUGGAUUUUGAACCAGACGAGGUCUGUUGAUGAUAAUGUGUUGUAUUUGGUUUGCACGUUUCAGCACAUUAUGACCUACAAAAUACCAAAGUGUCUUCACUAUCUUUAUUUCUUUUAUUAAAUUUGACAUGAGUAUGUCCGAGCACCUGCAUUAAACUCAAAUCACUGUUAACUUAUAGAAUACUUGUCCUCUACUACGUGCAAAAGUUUUGGCUUUGCAUUGUGACAAUGAUUUUGUGCCAUGUACCUCCCUGUUUUGUUUUUAGUGCAUAAAUAUGCAAGAGAAAAAAAGCCACCUGAAAAAGUGACUGACGGCUGAGGUACUGACAAAGUACAACAGGUUUGCAUACUGACACUUUGUUCAGUCUAUUUUAGUUUCAUCAGCCAUUUGUAUCUAUUUUGUACAGUACACGUUGCACAUCCUCAAUCGCUAACUGGAAGGACAAUCAGAUUCACAAAGCAAUUGGACACUCAAUCGAAAAUUAACUUAUUUAAUUUGUGCCAAGUAUUUUUUUUGGUCUGUUGAUAUGCAAUCCUGAGUAUUCUUUGUCCAUAAAAGUUUAUUUUGUUUGCUAAAUUCUUAUUUAUUGUCAUUUUUGCUGUUUGUUCAUGCCAAGGGGCUUUUAUGAAAUGUGACAUUUUUAUUUUGUUUUUGUUUUGUUUGUUUGUUUUUUCCUGGUGUGAUGUCGCAUUUACAUUUCUUAACUAAAACUGGUCUUGUAGGGGUGACCUAGUGAAAAGAAAUAAAGCAACACUGGAUUCUUAUCAUCCGCAAA